AUGAAUGACUCUAAUUAUUUUCAAUCGAAUUUCGACAACGCUUCCUCCAGUAAAAAAUUACAUUUCAAUCAGUCACCUACAUCAUCGUUUGGAGGAAGUAGUAGUGGAAGUGUGAACAGUGGUUAUGGAUAUAGUGGUCACAUACCUUCAUCACCAAAUCUAUCAUCAUCUUCAUCACCUAUAGUUGAUAAUAACUUAUUCUUACAUCACCAGUCUAGUAUUAACCAAAACUAUCAUCAACACCAACAACUACUUAAUUCUAUCCAACAAUACUCCAGCUCGAACAACUCAAUUCCGCCCAACAGCAAUUUAGAUACUGAUAGAUUUUUAACGAUCGAAAACUUUUGGAAGUGGAUCAAUAAAGAAAUUUUACAGAUUCAAACACCCAUCCGAGAUCAUAUACUACCACUGGCCAGAAUUAAAAAGAUUAUGAAAAUGGACGAAUGUGUUAAGAUGAUAAGUGCAGAUGCACCUGUUAUUUUUGCAAAAGCUUGCGAAUUAUUUAUUUUGGAACUUACAAUUAGAUCUUGGUUCCAUACAGAAAGUCAUAAGAGAAGGACACUACAGAAAACAGAUAUAUCUCUCGCUAUUGCUACAAAUGAAACUUUUGAUUUCCUAGUUGACAUUGUACCAAGAGAAAUGAGAGAAAUACCUCGAAGAAUUUAUCAUGGAGAUAAUUAUAAUUUAUUAUCAAACCAAAUCUAUUCAGUAGAUAAUAACAAUCAGACAGUACCUUCGAAUAAUGAUCAAUUUAAUUUAUUAAGUCCUAAUAGUAGUAAUAGUAAUCAUAGUUUAUCAUAUUUUUAUCAACCAACACCAUCACCACUUUCUUAUAUGGAAAAUAAUUCCAGCGAAGCUGGAUAUAGUCACCACCAUUCCGCCGGUGAAAAAUAUAGUCAAGAUGAACAUACCAAUAAAUGA